AUGAAUGCUUCUAUCCAAGAACGAUUGGCACAACGCCGUCGAGGACGGGAGGAACGGCGCCAACGUGAGCAACUGGAUACUGUGCAGCAACAACAACCAGAAGAGGAUGAAGUGUUUUUCGAGGCAUUCGGUAAUUCGCAUCCGUCCAUGACCAAGGCGUCUUCCGCCGGCCACCUCUUGCUGAGCAACACAUCUUCGCAUACCCACCGUGCCGGUAUGGGUAUCAAUGGCAUGGAUACCUCCUCUCAUGGAGCGAGACGUCAGAAUGCCCGAUUUUCCGUCCGAGAUCCUUCCAUGGAUACCUCACAACGAGGCAGUUUAUUGGCCGCCACUCUCAAUACUCCUACCGUGAGUAGACCCUCCAUGCAACGUCAGGGUUCGGUUGUCUCGCUCAAGCCUCCUCCCAAGGAUACCAGGACGUACAACAAUGCCAAUCCCAAUAACGGUACUGCUUUGGCGCCUCCCAGCAAGGAUACUCGACCGUACAGUGAUGAUGCCGGUACCGUGAUUCAGUUACCACCCGACACCAAUACGACUUCCAGAGGCAGAGAACCCCGACGAGGCAAUCUGCAACGACAUCGUUCCAGAUCACUCACUGACCUAAGACAAUUCACUGCAGCUGAUAGUAGUAGAAGUAUCAAACAGACACCCAAAUCAUCCAGAGGGUCCAUUAUGGAUAAAAGCAACAACAAUAACCCCAUCAAACCACUCCGUGGUUCCAAACGAAUUUCCAUUAAAUCACUCCAAAUUGCUCCCACCAUUGUCACACCUUCCGAAGUCAAAUUGCUCUCUCCUCAACCAGCUUCCAAAUCUCUCCUCAAACAACGACGAACAUCCCUCCAAGUACCUCCCACCAAAACCAACCAUUCCUCCAUACUAGAUUCGGACGCUGCCACCAAUCAUCAUCUGGAACAGCAAUUACAAAGCAGCACCAGCACCGCCUCGACCCUGCAAAGCAUGAGUACCGCCAAUACGGAUCUCACGAUGACGGACCAGCUACCGCGAUUUGAUCCCUACGCGUCGCCCAUCACUCCGGGCAAAAAUAUACGCAAAAAACGCAGUGGGGCCUCCAAAACACCAAAGUCGAGUGCCAAGACGGUCAAAUCGGAAAAUAAUGAUACCGCGCGCAAACCACCACGAGGAGGCAUGCGAAAAAGUGCAUCGCGAGGAUCUCUACUAGUGGACAAUACUACUACUACGAAUGAGCCCCCGACCCCUCGACGAUUACAGCAACAGCAACAACAAGCCAAAAAAAUGACACCAAGGGGGUCGGGAAGGAAACGGGUACUGCAAAAACGCUCUACUACCAUGCCACCUCAGCAACCGCAAGACGACAGUCCGCUGAAAACACACAACAGCAAGGGCAAACGCAAAAGCAAACAGCAACAACAAAUACGACGAUCCAAGUCCAUCAACGAUGGUGGCGGAGGAGAAGAGGAUGAUCUCAAUCGAACGAAUAAUACUCGAAACAGUGAUAUCAGUCUCAUGGGAUUUGAUGAUACGGAUGAUGACGAUGAUGAUUACGACAUGCUAUUCACUCCACACCGGACUCCCGGUAUCAAGCAACAACAAGAGCAGCAGCAGCAACAACAACAACAAUCCGCGGCGGGAUUAACGCGAGUCACCAGCUUACCAUUGACGUCGCAAUCCUCCCAUGGGCAGCAACCACCACAACCAACAAAUACUGAAAAACCGGCUCCAGCGCCAGCUUCACGCUGGAGCAUGGCCAAUCCCGAUCAGGUCAAUAAAUGGAAGAGCAAAAUGGCCACUAAAACCACCACCGAAACUCUCAAGAACAACAGCAACACCAAGGACAAGACACCUCCUCGUCAACGGCGUCGAAAUUCUUGUAGCAAUGCCAUUUCGCCCAGCAUUGCAAGAUCGUCGUCGUUUGAUACCAACAAUAAUCCCUGGUUUCUGGGGAACGAAGAGUCCGAAGCACCGCCGCCAUUGAUGAACUUGACACGGGAAGAGCAGUUACAAAAAAAGAAAAGCAACGGUGGCAGCAGCAACAACAACAAUAAACGUACCACCCUCAGGGGAUCCAAGGCACGAUCCGCAACGACUUUGGAGGCACGCAACAGCAACAGCAACUCGAACUAUCCAUCCAUGGCUAUCAUGAGCGACAAUGCUCGGAACGACGUGGCGGGGGUACAACGUAAGGACCCCGGCAGUGAUCACGAAGCGCGGCAACGAAACAGCGCCGGCAACAGCAGACGGGGGACGAUCCUGGAUGGGAGCAGCAAGACAUUGUCGAGCCAGGGAAGUGCCGAAAGUGGUAACAAAGACGAGGCCGAUAAGAACGGUCGAUCGCGAUCACGGAGCAAUGGUCGACGACCGGAUGGAUCCUCGUUGCGGCACACGGACCAUCCAACACGUCGAAAAAGCAAGGACAAAAAGACCGCGGAAGCUCCUUCCGCGGAUGGACCACAGCGUGGAAAUUUGGAUCGAACACGAUCUCGGUCGCUUUCGGACUUGCAACGAGCGGGCGCUGCCAGGGAAGAGGGACAACAACCGCCGCAAAAGUCCCGUGCUGCCAACAAAAUCAAACGACAUAGCACAUUUCAUGGUACGGACCAAGCUACGCCCGAUUUGGAUGCCGCCAAAAGUAAAAGUGCGCGAAGGGUUUGUUCGUCGGAUAAUCACGUGGGCCCAAUGAAGAAGCCUUCAACGGCCACUCGCAAAGUGAGUGGCUCUGACUCCAAGUCACCGGCACCGAGAAAGAAACGCGAGUCGACUCGUCGCUCGGGAAGCAAAACCAGGAUCAGAGAUUCUGCGACUGGGCGCAAAUCUGCCACCCAGGGCGAUACUAAACCCGAGUCGGAACGUGGACGAUCCGAUAAAAAGAAGUCGGAACGUCGUGGAUCAAAAUCACCGAAGGACACAGCCAGGCUCAAACGUGGUGUGGCCCGCACUCGAUCCAGUUCUUUAUCGGACCUGAGAUCUCCUCGUCUUGAUACGAAGAAGGUGCUCGAGACAAACCAUAAUGAGGAUCUCGAUCAAUCCAACUUGACAAUGAACGAUAGCAUUCCAACCAUUGGUGGCGGUUCGUCUCAUUCUACCAGCCGCUUCGAUAACAACAAGUCCCGAGGGACAAGGAAGGCGAAGGGACAACAACAACAGCCUGUCAGUAUCGCAAGUGAAGAAAUGGAACAGUCCAUGACGAUGCACGAUAGCGCGGGAACGUUCGGCGACUUAUGUGAUGAUAAGCCUUCGCCCUUGGAAAAGAAGCGCUCUCGAGGUCCUCGAGGACCACGGAAAUCGCGAUUGCAGCGUUCACGAACGGAGGACUGUACAGCGCCAACCAACCGUCCGCCUUCCCGGGAACCAAGCCCUGCUAGCCAUCGACGUUCGAUAACCGCUCUCUUGACCCCUUCGCUAAGACCAACUCUUGCAAGACACCGAUCAAAUUCGCUGUCCGAUCUUCGUGCGAUUGCUAGGUCAUUUCGAAAGAGCAAGACGAGUAUUCUGGCUCUAAGCACUGAUGAAGAGGAGGAUGAUAUCAAACGAUUAAAGGCUAGCAUCGAAAAGCUGGAAGUCGACCUGAAGAAUGCUACUGUUCCCCUUCGAAGCCCUGAAGCGUUGAAAAAGCAUCUAGAGGCAGAAAUAAAGAGGGAAGAAGCAGAUCAGAAGGUCAUGAAGGGGAAAAUGUUUGACACCUAUCAAGAAAACAUCAAGUUGGAAGACAAGCUGGAAAAGACGAACACAUACUAUCAAGAGCUCCAGGACAUUCAUAAUGCCGAGGUAAUGAAAAACGAGGCAUUGACGAAGAACGUUCCUGUGUUCGAAAAAGUAAUUGAAGCGCACGAAACCAAGUUGGCGCGAAGGAACAGAUACAUUGAUUUCGAGCGCCAAACAAUGAAGUUCUACGAAGACCGAAUCAAUUACAUUGUUCAGCGUUUCCAGGAGAAGUGCGACGACUCCAGACUUGUCAAGACACUCCAGCACAUGGCGCACUUUCCAGUUCCAGAUGAUCAGGACACCGUUGGCACUGGUGCCACUUCAUUGGGAUCGACGGUAUCACCUCCUUGA